AUGGACGAUACACCAUUAUCGCAGCAUACAUACCAAACACAAAAUGAGUAUAUUAAAAUAGAAGUAUAUUUUUCAACAUUAGAUAUUUUGGUGAAUUCUCUGAAUGAAAGGUUUCAACAAGAAACUGUUGAUAUUAUUUGUGCAGUAGCUAAAUUAAUCAACUUAGAGUUUAAUAUUGAGUCUUCAAACUUAUUCCAAAGGUUUUUUCAUGUAGUUGCAGAAAAUUUAGAAGCCGAGAUUAUCAUUUUGAAAAAUAUGAAAGAUACGCCUAGACCUAUAGGAAAUUCAGUAAGCACUAUACAUGAAUGGCUUGAUUGGCUGUCAAUAAAAGGAAGAGCAGAUAUUUUCAAACAGUUUCUACAAGUAUUAAGGAUAUUUGUUGUAAUACCUGUGACCAGCUGUUCAUGUGAAAGAACUUUUUCAAAAUUAAGCAUCAUAAAAAAUAAAUUAAGAAGCACAAUGUCUCAGGAUAGGUUAAAUUCGUUAUUGUUUCUGUUUGUUGAACAAAAAAUGACUGCAAAUGUUAAUAUUGAUGAAGUCAUUGACCAGUUUAAAUUAAUGGUACCAAAUGAUAGAAGACUUGUUUUAUAA